GUGCCAGGGCUGCGAGCGCACGCACGGCGCCGUGAGGUGCGGGCUGCUGCGGGGCAGCGGCCAGGAGGUGGCCGAGGCACUCCGCGGCCACCCCACGCUCAGGGUCCUGAGCCUGUGCCAGGCCGGCGUCGGGGCGGGCGCCGCGGAGGUGCUGGCGGCGGCGCUGGCGGCCGUCCCGGCGGCUGUGGAGGCGCUAUGGCUGAACACGGGCGCCCUGCACGUGGCGGCGCUGCUCAGCGGCGGCGGCUGCGGGUUACGGCACCUCGACCUGGAGCACGGGGGGCUCACCGACGCCGCCGCCGCGCACCUGGCGUCGGCCCUGCGCGGCAGCAGGUCGCUGACGUCGCUGGGCCUUCGCGGCAACCUGCUCACCGGCAGAGGCGUGGACAGCCUGGCUGGCGCGCUGUCGCAGAGCCCAGGCUGCGCGCUGGAGCGGCUGAAUCUGCGAGGCAACAACGUCGGCCCCAUGGGAGCCGACUCGUUGUGGAGCGGGUUUCCCUGCCACAUGCGACUCGUGGAUGUCGACCUGUCAAACAACAUGCUGUCGGAGUGUGCUGGGGCAGCUGGCAGCCCAGGCGGCUUUGGCCAGGUGCUGGAUGCAAGGAGCACGCUCAGGGCGCUAGACCUGCACCAGUGCCAUCUGGGAAGCGGCAGGGGGCUUGCGCAGCUGGCUUCUGCCCUUGCUUGCCACACGGACAGCUGUCUGACGUUCCUGAACCUCGGAAUGAACGGAGUCUCCGACGAGAGCACAGUGGACCUCGCGUCGGCGCUGGAGGGAAACACGGCCUUGUCGACCCUCCUGCUGUAUGACAACAGGGUCAAGGACGCGGGCGCCAGCAGGCUUGCGGGCCUGCUCCGCGGGAACAGGUCCCUGACGCGCCUCGAUCUCAGCGACAACUUCGUGGGCGACCGAGGCCUCGCCGAGCUGUCCACGGCCCUGGAGCGCAACGCCACCCUGCGCUCCCUGGAGCUCGCGGGCAACUGGGCCGAGGGCCGCGAGCCCACGGAGCGCUUGUUGCGCGCGCUGGAAGGGAACCUCACCCUGGAGCGGCUGGCGGUGUCGCCAGCCGACACGGCGCACCGGGGCCGCAUCCGGCGGCUGUGCGACAGGAACCGGCGCCGUGGCCGCCGCCUCGCCCUGUACUACGAGCUGGUCCUGCUGCUGCGGCUCUCGCAGGCGCCGGCGGCCGCGCAGGCGGGCACGCCACUGCGCCGCGGCCGCGCGCAGAUCCGCGAGGGGCCGGCCGCGGGCGCGCUGGCGCUGCUGGGCGGGCUGCUGGCGAGGGACCCCGGCCUGGCGCAGUUGCUGCUGCAAGGCGUGGCCCGCCUGCUCGUGUGA